CGAUGUGCUCUGCACUCCGAUCUCAGUGCGGGAGACGGCAUAGCUAAACAUGGCGUCGGACGGAAUGAUUUUAACAAACCACGACCACCAAAUUCGAGUCGGAAUCCUUACGGUGAGUGACAGCUGCUACAGGAACCUAGCUGAAGACCGCAGUGGCAUCAACCUCAAAGACCUUGUCCAUGAUCCCUCUCUGCUCGGAGGAAUAAUCUCUGCAUACAAAAUAGUCCCUGAUGAAAUAGAUGAGAUCAAGGAAACCCUGGUGGACUGGUGCGAUGAGAAGGAGCUCAACCUCAUCUUGACCACCGGAGGGACUGGCUUUGCCCCACGUGAUGUCACCCCCGAGGCCACCAGAGAGGUCAUUGAGCGAGAGGCUCCAGGAAUGGCCCUGGCUAUGCUCAUGGGAUCUCUCAAUGUCACACCACUGGGCAUGCUGUCCCGGCCGGUCUGUGGCAUCAGAGGCAAGACCUUAAUCAUUAAUCUGCCUGGAAGCAAGAAGGGGUCACAGGAGUGUUUCCAGUUCAUCCUGCCGGCGCUGCCGCACGCCAUCGACCUGCUGCGCGACGCGGUGGUGCGGGUGAAGGAGGUGCACGACGCGCUGGAGGACCUGCCCUCGCCGCCGCCGCCCCUCUCCCCGCUGCCCGCGCCCGGCCUGGGCAGCCCGCCGCGCCAGACCGAGGACAAGGGCGUCCAGUGCGAGGAGGAGGACGAGGAGAAGAAGGACAGCGGCGUGCCGUCCACCGAGAACAGCGCCUCCUCGCACAUCACCGCCGCCGCCAUCGCCGCCAAGAGCAUCAAGUCUUACCCCAAUCACGCCGUUGUCAUGGCAAAGGGUGGCCAGUACACGCUCGGCCUCCUCCCCCCUCCCCCCAAACAUUUCACCUGUUCCUGUGGCGACCAGCCGAUCCCGGACUCCAUCAUCUCUCGAGGUGUCCAGGUGUUGCCACGGGAUACGGCCUCCCUGAGCACGACGCCAUCCGAGUCUCCGCGCGCGCAGCCGUCCCGCUUCUCCACCGCCUCCUGCCCCACCCCCAAGGCCUCUCGGAGAGAGUUCAGGCCACACAUGGAUGAGGUCAUCACGCUCAAGUCAAGGUACUCUACCUUGGACCAGGUGCAAUCUCGCUGUAGCAGCAAAGAGAACAUAUUGCGAUCCAGUCACAGCGCGGUGGACAUCACCAAGGUGGCGCGCCGCCACCGCAUGUCCCCCUUCCCGCUCACCUCCAUGGACAAGGCCUUCAUCACGGUGCUCGAGAUGACCCCGGUGCUUGGCACUGAGAUCAUCAACUACAGAGGGCCUGAAGUCUCAGACUCGGCCCCCGUCACUCUGCGUAAGCCUCCGGGGCCCGAUGCGUGGCCCCUGCCCGGACUGGCCUGCCCACAAGGGACAAAGUCUAACAGGAGAGGCGCCGACGCUGGCACCCUGUCCCCCUGGCAUCAGACAGAUGGCAUGGGCCGCGUCCUGGCCCAGGACGUAUAUGCCAAAGACAACUUGCCCCCGUUCCCCGCCUCCGUCAAGGAUGGCUACGCCGUCAGAGCUGCUGAUGGCCCAGGGGAUCGCUUCAUCAUCGGGGAGUCCCAGGCUGGAGAGCAGCCCACACACACGGUCAUGCCCGGGCAGGUGAUGCGUGUGACGACGGGAGCGCCGAUCCCUUGUGGAGCCGAUGCUGUGGUGCAGGUGGAGGACACGGAGUUACUGCGUGAAUCCGAGGAUGGCACAGAGGAGCUGGAAGUGCGAAUUCUGGUGCAGGCGCGACCUGGACAGGACAUCAGGCCCAUUGGUCACGAUAUCAAACGUGGGGAGUGUGUUCUGGCCAAGGGCACCCACAUGGGCCCCUCGGAGAUCGGCCUACUGGCCACGGUGGGCGUCACCGAGGUGGAGGUGCAGAAGUUCCCCGUCGUGGCCGUCAUGUCCACAGGCAACGAGCUGUUGAACCCAGAGGAUGACCUCCACCCUGGGAAAAUCAGGGACAGCAACCGCUCCACCCUCCUCGCCACCAUCCAGGAGCACGGCUACCCCACCAUCAACCUGGGCAUCGUGGGAGACAAUCCGGACGAUUUGCUCAACGCCCUGAAUGAAGGGAUCAGCCGCGCCGACGUCAUCAUCACCUCAGGUGGCGUGUCCAUGGGCGAGAAGGACUACCUGAAACAGGUGCUGGACAUCGACCUUCAUGCCCAGAUUCAUUUUGGACGAGUAUUCAUGAAACCUGGUCUUCCUACUACGUUUGCCACUCUUGACAUCAAUGGGCACCGAAAGCUGAUAUUUGCCCUGCCAGGCAAUCCCGUGUCAGCGGUCGUCACCUGUAAUCUCUUUGUCAUCCCUGCUCUAAGGAAGAUGCAAGGAAUCCUGGACCCCCGACCAACCAUUAUCAAAGCUCGGUUAUCGUGUGAUGUUAAAUUAGACCCACGGCCCGAGUACCACCGCUGCAUACUUACAUGGCACCAUCAGGAGCCGCUACCAUGGGCACAGAGCACAGGGAAUCAAAUGAGCAGCCGGUUAAUGAGUAUGCGCAGUGCCAAUGGCCUGCUAAUGUUGCCGCCUAAAACUGAGCAAUACGUGGAGCUGCACAAAGGAGAGGUGGUGGACGUCAUGGUGAUCGGACGGCUAUGAUGUCGUCCCCGGGGUGCGGGCGGCGAGAAAGAGGGACGACGAGAGCGAGCGAAAGUGGAAGUGGUGCAUGUCCACAUAUCAUUACUAUUCUGUAAUAUGCAAUGGCACAGCAAGUUUGUACUGAUUUGACCAACCGAAGUUGAUUGAGGGUAAUCAACAACUCACUGAAGCAAAACAAAAUGGUUUACGGAAAUGUUAAUUAGAAAAGAAAAUCCUUAUUAUUUCAAAGAAAGAAAUGAAAAUAUUAUACCUUUUAAAAUAAGACUAUAUAUAUAUAUAUAUAUAUAAUAUAUAAGAUUUAUUCUGUAAUAUAUUAUUAUGAUUAUUAUUAUGAAUAUCAUCAUCAUCAUUCUAUUAAGCAACUCUGUUCUCUUUCAUCGCAAUUGCUUUGUGUGUUCAACGCUAGCCCUUAUAGAUAGCAGUAGCAUUUUAGUAGAAAGCUGUAGACUCCUGACCGGAGUUCAUUGAAACGCUUAUUUCCAGA